UAAAUACCCUUCUCUCCCUUCCCAACUCUCUCUCGCUCUUGCAUCUCUCGCUCCUUUUCCUUCACCGAAAAAACUCUCUCUCUCUUUCUCCUCUUCCUUCAUCUUGAUAGCUUUUUUGGGACUUCAUCAAUGGCUGCAAAAAGGUUCUUUGGCGAAUCUGGUUCGGACUCCGAUCCGCCGUCUGAAAAACGGAUGCGAACUCGACCUUCUUUUGCUUCUGUAAUUGGAGAAGUGGUGAUGGUGAACUCCUUGAAGAACUUCUGCUCGGGCUUGGAGCCGAUGCUUCGUAGAGUGGUGAAUGAAGAGGUGGAGAGUGGCCUUGCACGGUGCUCACGCACGCUUACGCGAAACCCCUCGCUCCGAAUCCAAGCACUGGAACCUUCGAGCCUCGAGUUGAGGUUCAGCAAAAGUCUCAAGCUGCCCAUUUUCACUGGAAGCAAGAUUGUGCAUGUGGACCGUUCUCAGCUCCAGAUCAUCCUCGUUGACACAAGAGGUGAUCAAGCAGUCCCCCCCACUCUUCCUAGCCUGAUCAAGGUCGAGAUCGUGGUCCUGGAUAGUGAUUUUCCUCCAGGAGACCGCACUAAUUGGACGAGCGAGGAAUUUGAUCGGAAAAUCGUUAGGGAGAGGCAAGGGAAGAGGCCUUUGCUCGCUGGAGAGCUGAGCGUGACCAUGAGGAGCAAUGGGGUGGCUGCCAUUGGGGAAAUCGAGUUGACCGAUAAUUCGAGCUGGAUUAGGAGCAGGAAGUUCAGGCUUGGCGCUAGGGUUUCUCCGGGUAGCUACCAAGGCAUUAGGAUACGUGAGGCCAUAUCUGAGGCAUUCAUCGUCAAAGAUCACCGAGGAGAAUUGUACAAGAAGCAUUAUCCACCACAAUUAGGGGACGAAGUGUGGCGUCUAGAGAAAAUUGGGAAAGAGGGAGCAUUUCACAAGAAGCUUGGUGAUGAAGGGAUUAACACUGUUCAAGAUUUCCUGAAGCUGUCUGUUGUGGACCCAAAUAAGCUUAGAAGGAUAUUGGGUCAAGGAAUGUCUGAGAAAAUCUGGGAUGCAACCAUAAAGCAUGCAAGGACCUGUGAGAAGGGCAACAAGCAUUACAUUUACCAAGGGUCCAACUUCAUCAUCACCUUGAAUCCAAUCUGUCAAGUGGAAAGAGCUGAGGUUAAUGGGCAGAUCUACACGCAAAAGGACCUCUCAAAUAACAUUAUCAGGCCCUAUAUUGAGAGUUUGGUCAGACAAGCUUACUUAAAUUGGACCACAUUGGAAGAGGUUGAAGUUCCUUACUACCCUGAAAUAGCUCAACUGACACAAGGUGAAAUGGAGAAUCGGUGCCCCACACAGUAUCACUUGGCAAAUAAAGCUUUCGAGGAGUACCUGCCACAUGCACAGCUUGGGGCUAGCAAUGAUUGGCAGAUAACAACCUCAACAUUUGUGACCACCCCUUUUGAGCAUACGAUCGGGUACAGCAGCAUGCCGGAGACAUCAUCGUCAUCCGACGGUAACAGUCUUGCACCUCCAAGGUGUUUCAUGGAUGGGAGCUAAAUUAGGGUUUGAUUGAUGAACUAAAGUUUUGUGUGUAUGUAUAGUCAAUCAUGUAACAUGGGAAUCGCCGUGUGAGGCGAGCAGUUGUAGUUGGGAGCCAUUGCGAAUAGGGUCAUAGCGGUUCGAAAUGGACCCAAACCUAGCAAUCGAGGUCGGAAAAGAAAUACAUCUCCAUGUUUAAGAAAUCGGAGAUUUGGACAGGCUGUUGACAAAUGUUAGUAAUAACCCUAAUUUAGUGUUGUAGGUGGCAAGCAAAAGUGGAAUAAUUAAGCAGCCAUUUCUUUUGUGUUCUUGUUUAUGAGAUUAUUUAUACAGUAAUAAGUAU